GGGAAGGCCUCAUCUCCGUGCAUCUCGCUACCUAACCUAGCUAACCUCCUCUCUUCUUCUUCUUCUUCUUCUUCUUCUUCUUCUUCUUCUUCUUCUUCUUCUUCUUCUUCUUCUAGGCUAGCACUGCACGUGCCCAACUAACACAUACAUUCAUCAUAUAUACACCUCCUCCUCCUUCUUCCUCUAAGUUGUGUGUGCAUAUAUAAUCUACUAGUAGAGAGCAGGGCUAGGCUAGCAAUUGCAAUGGCGCCUCCCUAUGAAACCAGCGCCGCCGGCUCUGAAUCGCCGGUGCCGGUGGUAACGGUGGAUGUGGCGGCGGCGAGCGACCUUAUCACCUCGGCCGGCCACCGUUACGUCGACGUCAGGACAGAGGAGGAAAUGAACAAGGGCCAUCUACACAACUCCCUCAACGUGCCCUUCAUGUUCGUCACGCCGCAAGGGAGGGAAAAGAAUCCUCUGUUUGUGGAGCAGUUCUCGUCGCUGGUGAGCAAAGAGGAGCAUGUGGUUGUGGGGUGCCAAAGCGGGAAGAGGUCGGAGCUAGCAUGCGUUGAUCUCCUUGAAGCAGGGUUCAAGAACGUGAAGAACAUGGGAGGAGGCUACGCAGCGUGGCUCGACAAUGGAUUCCCCAUAAACACUCCUCCUCAUACAAUGUAUUAACGCUUUGCAGCACCGAUGAGAUGAGCGAGUGAUAAACACGGACUCUACUGUAUCUACUGUAUCUCAUUCCAACCCCUCUUCUCAUCUGCCUGCUAGCCGCUGCUUCGUGUGCCCUGCCAUGUAUAUGUAUGUGCGUCCUGUUUUCCUGUUUGUUACUACUGGUAUUAUGGAGGCAGCCAAUUGAAUAAAAUUGAUCAUCAUGCAUGCAAUGCACGAUGCGUCUGCAAAUCUC